AUGCCUUCCCCCGGGCCAUCUACUCCCGAAAACAAAACCCUAGUCCAAACGCCCUCUGCCCCGCGACACCCCUCGCCCGAAAAGCCCGGCCUCUAUCUCCCCACCGACCGCACCGGCAACGAAGGCUAUCAGGAUCGACGCCAGCGUCUCGAGCGCCUCCAAGAAAGCAUACAUCUCGACGCAAGCCAGCUCCGCGAGAUCAUCAAGCGCAUCUACAAAUAUGACCAUGCCUGCCGAGCCGUCGACUGGAGAGCCGACAUUCUGUACAGAUAUGUGCCGAGGACGUUUGAGACGGCCGAAGUCACGGAGGAUGUGGCGUACGAGGCAUUGCAGGAAGCGAUCGAUCUGUCUUUAGUGAGGAUCUGUAGACCUUCGGCAUACGAUGUCAGCCGCUACACUGUUCGCAAACCAGGUGCCGGAAAUCCUCGGUACACCAUUUUCGACGUCAUUUGGGAUGGUUUUACGCCUCAAAUCCCCCCUGAGCUGGAGGGCUUGCCGACUUUGGCGUUCCAUGAGGAGAGGAGAAAGGUAUUCUGGUAUCCUAGGAGUGAUUAA